UCGAGCUGCAGAGUAUCAAAGAAUACGCCGCCGGUGGGGAAAAAAACCGCUUUUGUGAUAUUGUGUAGCUAACUGGGUAGUUAGUUCAUAUUCUGCACUAUUUGGUAUUAACAUCUCUGUCUUUGAUGAGAGAUACAGAAAAAAAGUUUCCUGAAUAGCUAUUCAUAGUGGUCGCAGUCCGUUAGCCAAAGCUAAACCGGAGACGGGAUCUCAAUUAUCGUUCAUCCAGACGGGACCAGCCCCAGGAGCCGGUUGCAGCAGUCAGUCACACCCUUGUCUGGGUCAAGGGAACCCUGUCUGCGCAGGGACCUUAAAUUGCAUAUCCUCCACAUGUUAGGGUGUUUUAUUCAAACAAAUACUAAUAACCUUCUGUUCUGAAUUGGAGCUUCAGAACAAUACUGGGAGUUAGCGGUUAACUGGGAAGUGUGUGCUGGAUAUGACUGACUCAUCGUCAUGGCACGGACGGAGGAGAUAACCCCGAACAGUCUGUCUGCUGCAGGGCCAACCAGACAGUCUCAUACCUAGCUACACAGCGAAGUUACUCAGACGUUCAACUGUUUAUAUUACCCCCUCGUUGUCAGCGUGGCAGCAUGAAUAACCCGAUGUACACGUUUGUCACCCGUGACGAGAACAGCACUGUUUAUGCAGAAGUUUCCAAAAUCCUCCUCUCAACCGGACAAUGGAAGAGGCUGAAAAGAGACAAUCCCAGAUUUAACCUAAUGCUUGGUGAACGGAACAGACUGCCCUUUGGACGUCUGGGUCACGAGCCAGGACUGGUGCAGCUGGUGAAUUACUACAGAGGAGCAGACAAGCUUUGCAGAAAGGCGCCCCUGGUUAAGCUCAUAAAGACCAGCCCAGAGCUGUCCGACUCCUGUAACUGGUUUCCAGAAUCCUACAUCAUCUAUCCCACUGACCUCAAGACCCCGGUUGCUCCAGCCACGAAUGGUAUCAGCCAUCUGAAGAGCAAUCCCAGGACGGAUGAGCGGGAGGUUUUCUUGGCCUCCUAUCACUCUAAAAAGGAAAGUGGGGAGGGCACAGUGUGGAUAGCCAAGUCUUCCGCCGGAGCUAAAGGUGCUGGUAUUUUGAUAUCCCAUGAUGCUAAUCAGCUGCUGGAGUACAUCGAUAAUCAGGGGCAGGUCCAUGUUAUUCAGAAGUACCUGGAGAAACCUCUGCUUCUGCAGCCGGGAGAUCGGAAGUUUGACAUCAGGAGCUGGGUGCUAGUGGACCAUCACUACAACAUCUAUUUAUACCGGGAGGGUGUGCUGCGGACGUCCUCGGAGCCCUACAACAGCUCUGAUCUCCAGGACAUGACCAGCCACCUGACGAACCACUGCAUCCAGAAGGAGCACUCCCACAACUACGGACGAUACGAGGAGGGCAACGAGAUGUUCUUUGAUGAGUUCAGGCUGUACCUGCUGAACACUCACAACGUCACCCUGGAGACCUCCAUAUUACCUCAGAUCAAGCAGAUCAUAAAGAGCUGUCUGACAUGUAUUGAGCCGACAAUCAGCACCAAGCACCUGUCCUACCAGAGCUUCCAACUCUUCGGAUUUGAUUUCAUGGUGGACGAGAGCUUCAAAGUGUGGCUCAUUGAGAUCAACGGAGCUCCGGCCUGUGCGCAGAAACUGUAUCCGGAGCUAUGUCAAGGCAUCGUGGAUGUGGCCGUUUCCAGUGUCUUCGCCCUGAACAGCGGCGGUGACUCCUCAUCUGCAUCCUCAUCCCCUUAUUCUUCCUCCCCGUCCUCCACCUCCAUCUUCACCACCAACUCCUGCUCCUCCCCCAAACUGAGAGGGCCUCUCCACGUGGGCCCUUUCACUCGACUGUAAGCACACGCGAAUCCUCCCCCUUCGUCUCCUCCGUACGGCUUCUUCACGCUCCAUCCUCACUCCUGAACUCUACCUGAGAAGUAGCACGUGCCGGCGAGCAUGGAGAGGGAAGUCACCGAGCUGCAGAGACGAUCUCUGCUCUCCUGUUUUGAAUGUUACGAAUGUGAAGACAGCAACGAGCGGAUUCGGGGAGUUUCUGAAUUGAGGACGGACGUCCUUCCAUCUCGGUACCACCACCAGACUGUAGUGCCUUACAUUUCCAGCCACGCUCCAUUACAAAGACUGCCAGUUAGCUUGCUCUGUUGCUGUGAGUCCUACUUGUUCUAUAAGCCUUUGCACUGUUGCCCAGUAAAGUCGAUGCGGUCAUGAUCAGUCCACAAGAAUGAACUUAAAACUAGACACUUGGCAUUUCACAUCUUAGUGAAUUUGUGUAAUUCUGAAUGCUAUUUUUCUCAUCAGACAUAGUUUUUUUUUAUUGCAGCUUGUCUGCAGCUAUCUGAACCCCUUAGUUUCAUUUGGGAAUGUGAGCAGCAAUCAAUAGUUUAAACUUAAAAAGACUAAAAUACUAACCCAACUGUCUGAGCUGAACAAUCAAGCCGUCUAGGUCAACAUUCCUCUCAACAUAACCGCAUGGACGCAACAUUUUAUUUACAUUCAGGGUGAUCUAACUGAACAGGGAGACCGUCCUUCAUCUAAACCCAGGUUUAAGUCCGUCCUAACGAGUGUCCCUGACCUCUGACCCCCCCCCCUACGGCAGAGAGGAAAGACAAAAGAGAACUCCCAUGAAGUAUUUGUUCUCAACAAACUCCAAGAUGUUUUUUUUAGAUUUGUCAUUUGAAGAGAGCAUGUUUGUGUGAAAGCAUGUAGUAGAAUGCGUCCUCAUUCAGGCCCCCGCAUCAGCACCUUUUAGCCCAGUUUGUAAAAAGAGCUGCCCUGAUGUCUGUUUUAUUUCUGGUGUAUGAAGAGCUAGACUGUCAUCGUGAGGUGUUGUCAAUAAGUGUGUGGAUUAUGGUUUUUUUUAACCGUCGUCAUGAAAGUAGAGUUGCUUGUACGAAGAGUGUUAAAGAGCCCAAACCGACAGGACGCGAGAACGUACGACGCUACUUCAUGCUUUUUACACCGGUCUUCUUCAACAUAC